AUGCUGGAUCCACAGGUGCGGGAUCUACAGGUGCGGGAUCUACAGGCGCUGGAUCAACAGGUGCUGGAUCUACAAGUGCGGGAUCUACAGGUGCGGGAUCUACAGGUGCAGGAUCAUCUACAGGUGCGGGAUCAUCUACAGGUGCGGGAUCUACUGGCGCUGGAUCUGCAGCAGAAGGCGAGGGCCAAGGGCAAGACCAGAGCAUCGUCGGCUGGUGGUGGAAGCGGCGGUGAUGGUGGAGAUCAUGUGCAACCCACUGACAGGGUGAAGGAGCUGGAGGGCGAAGCGAAGAAGGUCUUGCUCAGGUACGGUGUUGCGUCUGGCACUGCCUACAACAUCAUGAUGAACGUGGAGAGGCAUCCUGAAUGGGCGUGGGGCAAGAACGACACUGAUGUGAACGCGCUCAAGGCAGCGACUGGGGAGCUCGCGGACACGGUGAUCCAGAACUCGCUCUUGAGCAAAGCCAUGACGUCCAAGUUCAGCGGGCUGAAAGCAGUGUUCGGUGACAACUACUUGGUGGGCCUCCAGUCCUUGAAAGAGCUUGGCCCCAAGCUGGACAACAUCGUGAAGCUCAGCGGGCUGAAAGCAGUGUUCGGUGACAACUACUUGGUGGGCCUCCAGUCCUUGAAAGAGCUUCUGGACAACAUCGCUCACGGAGACUAUCGUCGGGGUGCACAAGCUGAAGACGAGCGACUCGCUGUCCUGCUCGCGAUGCACGGCAUCGUCUGGCAUCGCGGUGUGUUCGACACCGAGGGGCGCCAGGUGCACCUGCAGCCAGGCGCUCCUGGGGAUUCAGGCGCGCAGUCUAUGAUGAAAAUCUGA